AUGGAAGCUCAACCUCGCCGACGCCGAAAGCCAGCUCGGUCGUGCAUUGAAUGUCGCUGUCGCAAAAUUCGCUGCGACCGCACCGAUCCUUGUACGCCUUGUGUUUCUGCCUACGCAUGGUGCAUGUACAAGACUUACGCCGAUCGACUUGAAGUGCAGUCUCAACACAGUUCAAUAUCAACGCUGAUCACAGUCGCACCUUCAUCUUCGCAUGUCUCAUUGGGCAUUGAGAUUGAGACCUCGUCGGCGAGAGACCAUCGCCAGUUGAUAGAGUCCCGCACUGCGACAGAGAUACCAACACCCACAGAGUUAACACAAGAUGUUAUAAUUUCCUCUGUUCAAGUGCACAAGAUUUUGGACCUAAUCUUGAAGAUCUCUUACGACGAGUUCAAAGCCUGGAGCAGUCUUCAGCAAGAGGAUACGUCUCUGGCUUAUCCGAAAAAACUCGGGAAAUAUUUGACCGCCCAUCUCACUAGAAACCUUGGAUGGAAUUUCCACGAAGACUCGAGUGCUGCGAUGGAGCUUAUGGAUGGAUACAGCUAA